AAAGGAAUGUUUGAAGGCCACCCUUUAACAGGCAGUACCACACCGAAUUCACCUUAGAUCCAUGAUACUUUCCCUUACAACUGGAGAUGGGGAAUGUGCGUUUGCAAAGACAGCAAUAAUUUCUGUCAUUAAUAGUCUGAAAUAUUACAAUAUAUUAAAUAGUCACAUUUACUUGCUGAGAUGUUUCUCUUUGAUGUUGCUGGGAUGUUGUUGUUUAUAUAAAAUAUUUUAAUUAAGUAACAAUAACAUCGAGAUAAGGACAGGCUGGUGUGUGCCAAGACUGAACGCCAGGAUUGAGAUCAGUGCAUGCAGAGAGAGAGGGAGAACCCGAUCUGCAGGCAACCUCCUCCGGGAAGGAUCGCUUCACUGUCACUGUCACAGGAGGGGCUGAGACUCAGGACACCGGGGCCACAGGGCAGAGACGGGGGACCAGUACAGCCUCUGUUCUGCUUUCCCCCUUCCUCGUACUGAGAUGGGUCUCCCUCCUGCUAAAUGUACCUGAGCAGCGAGUCCGAAUCCGGCUCCCAACUCCUCUGUCAGCCUCACAGUGCGGAUCGUUUGGCGACGCUAAGGAGGCUGGAGAAUUCGGAGCAGCGCCUGGGAACAGCAUUGAAGAUCCUAGGAUGUGCUGACUGGAUGUUAUGGAGGAGUGAAAGCAGAGAAACUUGUCUGGGAAAUAAAAGGGGAAGAGAGAACAGUCCUGAAAAGUGCAGGAUGAUAGAGGAACCAGGGAAGGAGAUCCCAGCACUCCCGGUUCUUCCCAAUAUCCCAGAGAAGGGCUCCGACUGCCCGACUCCAGUAGCUACUCAGCACCUGACCAGCCAGGGCCAGCUGACGGCAGCUACAGGUGGAGCUGAGCUCUCCUGCUCCCGUUGUACUGUGCCCUUUGGCCUGGUCAUCCUGAUAGCUGGCACGGUGGUCACCGCUGUUGCCUACAGCUUCAACUCGCACGGCUCAACUAUCUCAGUCUUCGGGCUGCUCCUGCUGACUUCGGGUCUUCUCCUGCUGAUCUCCAGUGCCGUGUGCUGGAAAGUGAAACAGUGUCGAAAACGAGCCAAGCGGAGAGAGAGCCAGACUGCACUGAUGGCUAACAGGGGGCUGGUGGUCUAAGAAACACUUUAUAGCCAGACCAAAUCACUUUAUCUGGGACCUAAAGCCAGUGCAUCCAACUCAUGGAGAUUUGCAAGGACAAUACUGGGUGGAUUGUUCUACAGCUUUAAUGGCCUGGUUUACAAUAUCAGUUCAAACAAUAAAUAAUUCAUCGACUCAUGACCUUAAGUAACAAAAGACAAAAUUUCCAUUAUCUCUUUAUCUGGAGCCAUUCAUUUCAUCUGCUGAAGCCAGCUUGUUAAAGGAGUGAUAUGAAGAUGUUCUCUGAACUGAUGAUUGAAAGGACACAACCAACUCUUUGGAUCUAACUGUGUGAGUCCCAGCAUGCCCAAGAUAGCAGCUAGUUCCAAAUUGAAGACUGCACUAACUGUGGUAUUAAAAAUCAUUUUCGUACUAAUUUAUUGAAACCCCUAUUGUCGUCUGUAAGCUAGACUGUAAUACAGUUAUCUGGAUUGCUCCUUGUCAAGAAAUGUUUAAACAGGGAAAUGUUCUUCUACCUCUUAGGUUGCACGUAGUCUGCUAUCUCUCCAGCUACCCUUCCCGUCUGUGCCCAUCCCUUCUUCCCAGAAUGUUUCUUCCUACUCUCUCUUUUUACUCUUACUGCUGUCCCACAUGCUCCAGCACAGCCCUUCCAAUUCUGAAAACCGUGUUCUACCCGUUCAUAGUUGGGUCUGUCAAUGUCCUGCGUUCACUAACUGAACCUGUGUUGGUCAUAUCUUUAUAACAAUUUAAUUCAAUAAAAUAUAAUCUAUACUUGGAAUGAGGAAAAUGUAAUGGAUUGAUAAUAUCACACAAAGCCUCUCUCUCUGAGGCAUAUGGAGUUUGAUGAAUUCACACUCCCUGGACCUUAUUUCAAUAUUCAGUGUGACGAUGGCAAUGAGAAUCAUCUUUAUGAUCACACAAGAAAAACAGAAAAAAUCAAUAAAAGAAUUAAUUUUAAAGUAACCAAAGAAUCACCAGGAAUGAAGGCAUUUGACUUGUCAAUUUAAUUGGUUUCCUAACCUCCUCUCCUUCCUUGCUCAUCCUUACCCCUCCCCACCUCCUCUACCCUUCCUCUUCUUCAACCCUUCUGUCCAUCACCUCUUCCUCCCCACUCAUUUUCCCUUCUUCCUUUCCUCUUCUCCAAAGUUCUCAUUGUCCAACUAUUUGAGUUGAUUUUGAUGAUACUAGGGUCAGCUUCAGGUGACAUGCACGAAUUUGAUGUGACUGUCAAUCAAUGUCUUUCUGGCUUUCACAGUGUGUCUAGCCUGGCACUUAGAUAUUUCUCUAUGGCUUCCAUUUGAACGGUACAUGAUAUCAUCAAAUAAAACUCCCAUUUCACUGC